AUGGGCACCGCCAUAAUUAAAGGUCUACUCACCAGCAUACGACCCGGCCAUGCAAACUCAGACGACUUUAGCAUGCAAAUCUACGCCUGUGUUCGAUUCCAAGAAUCCUUCGAGCGUGUGCAGAAGGCUCUUGGCGAUGAAGCCUACCGCGUGCAAAGCGCUACACACUUGCAUGCAUGGGCACAAGCUGUCGACAGAGCCGAUGUGGUUAUGCUAGGCAUCCCACCUGCAGAGCUCAAAUCCAUCUCCGAAAACAUGCCGCUGUGCAAGUCACUGCGAGGAAAACUGGUCAUCAGUCUAUUGGCGGGGACUUCUUGCGAACAGGUUACUGAUGCAUUCGUCCUCAAUGAUAGAAUGAACAAAGCGAACCAGUUCAACGUCAUACGAGUGAUACCGAGUAUAGGAGCCCAGAAUCUGGACUCGGUGACUAUGAUUGCGGAUACACAGCAUGCUGGAGACGACCACAAGGCUUUGUGUGAUUGGAUCUUCAGGCAGAUUGGUAGUGUGCACUAUCUACCAGAGCAUCUUAUGAAUGAGGCUACAGCAACACACGCGACUUGCAAUGCUUUGACCAUGAUUGCAGUUGAUGCCAUCACAGAUGCUGCAGUGGCGGAAGGCAUACCUCGCGCUCAGGCAAUGGCGUUGGCGGCACAGAGUUUGAAGAGUGCUGCUGGACUGUUGGAGAAUGGUAUGACGAUUGAGUCGAUGAAGGAGUCUAUGUCUGUGCCUAGGGGGAUUACUAUCAACGCUCUGAUGGAUCUGGAGAAGGGUCAGGUCAGAUCUGCCACUUCGGAUGCUACCAGGAAUGCCAUCAGAUAUACGAGGAACAUGACUUGA